AUGGAUAGGAUCAUCAUUAUUGGAACUGGCCUAUUCGGUCUCUCGACCGCGGACCACGUCCGCAAGAGAUAUCCUGCCACGCCACUGUCGAUCAUUUCUCGACCGUCGCCCCUCGCUCCCAGUGACGAUAUUGCGAAGAUUGUCCGCGUUGACUACAACAAUGUGGAUAGGAUGACGGAGGCCGUAGAGCUUCAGAAGCAGUGGAACAAUGACCAUUUUACCGAUGGCUAUCGCAAAAUCGGUCGUGUUACGAUAUUUGAGCACGGUGAUUUCGCCACGAUCGAUCAAAUCAACAAGGCACGGGAAAAACUUAGUCUUCCGAGGCGGGAGACGAGCGGUAAUGAGCUCAUGCAAGAUCGGUUUGGGACCAAGACAGCUCCGGAAUCGCUUAUAUAUGUCUUCAACUCGGACGAUGCGAUUGUCGAUUGGGAGCUCAUUAUUUCCCAAGCACGGGCGAGAGCUAGGGCGGCCUGUGUCGAUAGCGGCGGGAGCUUCUACGAGAGCGAGGUCACAACCCUGGUCCACGACAACGACAAGGGUCGUAUUAUCGAAGUUGUGCUCAAGAACGGAGUCAGAAUCCAAACGGAAACCGCUCAGGUCAUCUUAGCCACGGGUCCGUGGCUUGGUCAAGACCUGGCUACGUCUGGUAUUUCCCUUCCGCCUAGUGGGAGAACCCCGACGGCGAAUGGAUUGUUCGCAUACGCCGUUCAGCUGAAUGAUGAUCAAGCCGAAUAUUUCCGGAACAGGCCGAUACACGUCGAAGAUCUUUCCAGUAGUGCUCUCGCGAAGAGCCACAUGUAUAAGGCGAUCGCAUGGGCACGAAAGUUCCUUCCUGCUCUCCGGGGCGCACGCAUCACUUCUGUCACAUCCUUUUGGGAUGGCAUCACCCAAACCCAUGAUCCCAUAGUCGCCAGGCACCCACAGCUUCAGAAUCUGGUCUGUGCCGCAGGCGGAUCGUUCAACCGCGCCAAGGACCUUCCCACCAUCGGCAACAUUGUUGCUGACGUCCUUGAUGGCCAGCCUGUCCAUGAUCGGUAUGGCUGGGAUCCAGAGAUGCGGUAUUCUCAUCAUGAUGAGCCAAGCCUUUUGAGUAGGGGUGACUUUGCAGCAAUGGACGAACAAGCCAAGGGCGACCUGGAGCAGGGUCCGGUGGUGCCGGAACAGUCAUGCUUGGCGGUGAUCUAG